UUAGGUAUUCAUUUGUGUUUGCCUAUCCGCUUUGGGGGUCCUAAACAUUGUAUCUCAUUCCCCGAAUUUCCACUCAUCGAAUAACGGGCUAGAGACAAUGAGACCAUUGAUCCUGCAUAACGUCCCGGACGAGGAACUUUACACCGGAGACGAUGGAAUUCAGCGCCCAUACGCUAUGUAUUUCCCCGAAGGCGAAAGACAACGACCUCUCCCGCGGACGCGUGCGCGAGAGAUAACAGAAUCAGGCUCCUUCGGUAAAUCAACAAGGAGAUCCCGAUCAAGAACAGGGAGCGCUCCGCCGAAACGUGAAGAUGCUACUAUGCAUAGUGCCGAUAAAAUCUUUUCGAAUUAUAUAGCAAGCCGACAGCAAGCCUCCAACGCGACGACGGCGACAACGACGACUUCAACAGCUACCGUAGCCACACAACGAAAGCCUAGUUAUUUGGGACAAACCACCUCGCAGUCACAAGAAGAUCCCGCUUCUACCACCCAGACUUCGACGUAUCGCAAAGAGCCUGUCGAGGUCAUCCUGAGAGGUUACUCAUCGCCAUCGCAGCAGUAUGCGGCUAUCAACCAUUACGAGCAACUGGCAGGGAGGAUAUGUGAAGAUUACCCUAGAGAACCCCCCGUCGAAGCGCGACGCUACAAAUCGGACCUACGAGAUCCUGCGCUCACAAGGCGACAACCCUUAACCGCUGCCGAGAGGGCUAAGGUCAGCAGAGUGGCCAACGGCGAACACUGGGUGAAGAUCACGUUUGAAUCAUCAGAAGCAGCAGACGCCGCCACGUACGCUUCUCCACAGCAUAUAUUAGGUCAUCUUGUCUACGCCGAACUAUAUCGUGGCCUACCUCCUAAGGAAGACGCUGCGGUGCUGGAUGUGGUGGGCGAUGCUGGUAUGAUCGAUCCAUUCAGGUCCAACACCUUCCGAAGCGCGCCGAAAAGAUUAUCACAGCCCCGUUUGGAUAAAGGCCCAACAUUCCCCAGGACUCUUUCAGCACAGACGAUCGAGCGAGUUACCGGCGUCCACGACUCCCCACCGGGAUCGCAAAGCUCAACCCAGACCAUGGAUACCGCUACGGCGUCAACAGCAACGGUGACGGGCGUGGCCCAAGAUGUAUCGCAGAAUGUAGAGCCGGUGGACAACACGUACUGCCGGCGCAUUCCAGAGGCCAAGCGGGCUAGAAUCCUGCCGGCCGAUCAAGCUUUGGCCCCCCAACUGACCUGGCAGCAGAAGCUGCUAAUUUACAUCCCCCUGAUAGGAUGGUUCGGCGGCUCGAUGAUCGGAAACGAAGUGCCCCGUAACGAACUCGGAGAAUUUGACUUCAACAAGGCUAGUUUGUACUGGCAGCUAAUGUACUACCUGGAUCUCUGGUUUGGGCUCUUUGGUCGCGAGCUCGUUAGUGGCGACAAGGAAGACUAAGAGGCGCCUCAUACGCGCAUCAACUCAGGGGAUCGAUUCGAAUUCGCACUUCGUAACGUUAUGAAUAAAAAGUAGGGACGCUGGGGGACGAGCUGGUUUUGGUAAUGCAACCCCCUUCACCGGAGUUCAGGAAUACACGCAUACAUACAUACCUCAAGUAUAAGAUGUCC